CUGCUGCUGCCAUUGCCAUUGCUUGCUCUCUCCGCAAUCGCCAUGGCUCCCUCAGAUACUACGACGGAGCCUGAUGCCCGUCGCAAGGGUCCACGGCUCGAGGAGGCCAUUUCCAAUCCCGGCGCCGUCAAGAUCAAUGUCAAGGGUGCCUUUAUCGUCGACGACGAGCCCCGAUCGCGCAGUCCUGUCGAGGCCGAGGGUGUUCACUACGAAAAUAAGGAUAUUCGUCUGCCACACCAUACUGGCGUUGUGAGCCAUGUCGCCGUCGAUAUUGGAGGAUCAUUGGCUAAAUUGGUAUACUUUACACGAGAGCUGGACGCCGCGGACAACGGUGGUCGCCUCAAUUUCAUCAACUUCGAAACACACCGAAUCGACAUCUGCAUCAACUUCAUCCGUCAACUCAAGGAGGAACAUGAGAAACGCAAUGGCUCAGUACCGGAUGAAUUGUGUGUUGUUGUGGUGGCGGGGGGGGGCGCAUUCAAGUUCUACGACAAGCUUAAGGAGGCGCUGGACGUCAAUAUUCUGCGAGAGGAGGAGAUGGAAUGCCUGAUCAUUGGUCUCGAUUUCUUCAUCACCGAAAUUCCCAACGAGGUGUUCACUUACAGCGAUGCCGAUGCCGAACCGAUGCAAUUUGCCGAGGCCCGACCGGAUGUGUACCCGUACCUCCUGGUCAAUAUAGGGUCUGGUGUGUCCAUGAUCAAGGUCUCUGGUCCCAGACAGUAUGAACGUGUAGGCGGAACCCAUCUUGGUGGAGGCACAUUCUGGGGGCUCAUGUCCUUGCUCACUGGCGCGCGAACCUUUGACGACAUGCUGGCCAUGGCGGAUCGCGGGGACAACGCCGGAGUGGACAUGUUGGUGGGGGAUAUUUACGGCAUGGAUUACACCAAGAUUGGACUGAAGAGCACUGCUAUCGCUAGUACCUUUGGCAAGGUGUUCCGGUUGAAGAAUGCUGCUGAGUGCGGGGCCGAGGAUGGCGAGGGCUUGAUUCACGAUGAAGAAUUCGAGCGCAGCAACGGGGGAGUUAACUUCCGACACGAAGAUAUGAGUCGGAGUCUUCUAUAUGCUAUCAGCAACAACAUCGGCCAAAUUGCCUACCUACAGUCAGAAAAGCAUCAAGUCAAGCACAUUUACUUCGGAGGAUCCUUCAUACGGGGCCACCGCCAGACCAUGAACACACUCUCCUACGCCAUCCGGUUCUGGUCCAAGGGCGAGAAACAGGCCUACUUCCUGCGCCACGAGGGCUACUUGGGUGCCGUCGGUGCGUUUAUUCGCCGGCAGCCGCAGAACUGGGGGCGCAGAAAUAGUAUCGACGAGGUGGUGGCACCGCAGGCGGUCCGAAACAUCGUCAUGAAUUCUGGAUUGAACCCUGAACAGAAUGGUUCUUCCAGCUCGUCUUCAUAAUCAGCGGCGAGAACUCCCACUUUCUCUCCACCUCCGCCUCCAGACCUGGAGGAAUAACCGAUACCCCUUGGAAUGUACACUUCAUCUGCCUCGUCGAGGUUCUCGCAACCUCGUCUCUCUACACAAGAUAAUCUCACAUAACCUUCUGCUCCAGUUUACAGAAGGGCACAACGCAUAUUGAAUCACAGGGGAGCAAAAUCCCUCCAAUCAUAUACCCCUUCGAAAUCUUGGGCAUGCCCAGACAUCAUAUUUUAGAAGAACUUUUUGCCAGAUAGAAUGAUAACAGGACACGAGGAUUUUUUCUGCAGCCUGUUAGUGUAUUAAUUAGAACUUCAUUUGCAAAUCUUGCAUGUGCAUUUGUGAUAGGCUGAGGCUACUCGCAUGCCAACUUGUGCUUUCGCACGACAGACUAAUCUAUUUUCGAAUAUAGUGGAUAACAGGCAGACAGGAUCCUUGAUAUCAAGACUGGAGAAACGGUUUUACAUUGUGAAUAUGUG